AGCAAACACCGAUAUACACCGUUAGGUGUGAAACACGCGUUCAUAGUGAUUUCGAGUGUCAUCGAAAUCGGAGGAUCACAGGUGUUCGAUACACAUCGAUCGUCGUCGCUUGGAUCUUCUCGGUUGGUACCGUCGCGUACGUGCUACGGACGAAUCUACCAUUCGGCGUGGUUCAACGAAAGGCGUUACUGUUUGUUUCUUAAUACUAUCUCUGCCAGACGACCAUGGACAACCCGGAGCUCUGCGAUCGGGACAGUUUGAGAUACGACGAGGCUUGUCUGCGUCUGCGAAACGAGGACGAAAAUCUGAACCUUUGGCUCUACUGGCUGUCGUCAGACUGCGCGGCGUGUCCGUACACACGUACCAAGCGAUUCGCGGCGAACUCGAAUUCCAGCGUGACUAUCGACACGCUCAGAACGUCGAGCUUGAGGGUAUUGGACGCUGAGGAACCCAGCGAAUAUGUGUCUGUGAAAAACACUAGUGACGUGGUUUGCGAGCUGACCCCAAGUCUUGGGCAAUACGGUGUGUACGAGCUGUCGGUGAAGAAUGGAGGCUGUGACGUCAGUAUCUUGAAAGGAUCCGUGUAUCCUUACACAGAACUCUUCGUCAUUUUCGGUGUGCUGAUAAUCGUUCUGCUCGGCCUGUCCAGCGUGAAGACAUUAUGGCAUUUGUGCCGCAGGAAGUGGGCAAAACGUCGAGUGGAGGAAGCGAACAAGCAGCCUGUGAAAUGUCGCGUGAAAGCGAUCGAUACAGUUCGAGGGGCGAGUACUCUGUUAAUGAUAUUCGUUAAUGGCGGAUCGGGUGGUUACAAGAUCUUGGGCCACGCGACUUGGAACGGCCUGCUGCUGGGUGAUCUGGUUUUUCCGUGCUUCAUAUGGAUCAUGGGAGUGUGCAUCCCCGUAGCCAUGGCUGGGCAAAUGAAGCGCGUGCCAUCGAGGGUCACCAUUUUGUAUGGGAUCGUCAAGAGAAGCUUUCUCCUGUUCUUGAUCGGAGUGUCGCUGAACACAGCGUACAGAGGACCUAAUGUGGAAACCAUCCGUAUAUUCGGUGUCCUUCAACGUUUCGGUAUAACUUACUUCUUGGUCGCGGUGACAUACCUCUGCUUGAUGUCCAAGAGGCCAAUGAAGACGCAAUCAGCCACGUUACGCGAGGUUCAAGACAUCCUUGUGUUGCUUCCCCAAUGGUGCGUGAUGCUCGCUAUCGUGGCCCUCCAUUGUGUCUUAACAUUCUGCCUGAAUGUUCCCGGAUGUCCCACCGGUUACCUCGGGCCUGGCGGUCUUCACGACGACGGGAAGUAUUUUGACUGCGUCGGCGGGGCAGCUGGCUACAUCGACAGGAUAGUGCUCAAAGAACCUCAUCUGCUUCGUUCGAGGACCGUCUAUAAGGCUGGCCCGUACGAUCCGGAAGGAAUUUUAGGUACGCUGACGACAACGUUUCACGUGUUCCUGGGCCUGCACACAGGCAUUAUUAUGAUGACAUACAAGGAUUGGAAGGCGCGCGUGAUCAGAUGGCUCGCGUGGGCGGCUCUUUUCGGUUGCAUCGGCUGCGCCCUCCACUUCACCAACGUGAUACCGGUCAACAAGAGACUGUGGUCCCUGUCGUUCGUGUUCGUCACGACGUCCUUCUCGCUCGCUUUGCUGACCGUGUGUUACUUGCUCGUGGACGUGGUCAAGGUGUGGAACGGCGGUCCUUUCCGAAUUCCUGGUAUGAACGCGUUACUGUUGUACGUUGGCCACACGCUUUGCUUCAAACUUUUCCCCUUCCACUGGAGUAUUGGCAACAUGGAGAGUCGUGCGUUGCGUUUGCUGGAGACGAUUUGGUGCGUCGGUCUGUGGACUGUCAUCGCGUACGUAAUGCACAGGAAACGAACGUACAUCACUCUGUGAGACUGUGUCCGUUAUAACUAGCAGAUAAUGUGUAGAAUGGUUGAAAGAAAAAAAGCUCAAGGAAUUUUCAAAUAUUUUGAGAAUGGUAAACAGAAACUUGCCGUUUGAAUGACCUAUACAGCUGAAUUUGAGAACCAGCCUGAAAUUGAAUGACUCGUGUUCUGGUCUGUUUGAAUUAGCCUUAACAGUAAAAACUGUUGUAACAACUCAGAUCAGUAUGUAGUAAGAUGAUAGCGCAGGGCGAACAUUAAAAAUGGCAACAGUUGCUAGAGGACACAGUAUAUGCAAAGACUUGAAUUGUUUACCUACUGAAUGUCACCGCAACGGCUAAUAAUCGCGCGAAGAUUAUCGCUUACUUUCGAAUAACAAUCACGCGAAUCGCAAGAUAUUAAACUAUUCAACUGUUAUCGUUCUAUCGUUUAUUUCACUUAAAGAUAAGAGUUACGUAGCAAUAAUAAUGGCGGCGCAUUUCAUCAUGUGAUGGACUUCCCAUUGGUCCAUACUUGGACAGGAGUGUCUAUUUGCGAUAAGAUUGUAAAUACUCUGUACCUUAAAAUAACGAUAUAUUUCGCUGGAUUUCUUUCCUCCUUAAAUUAAUAGCACAGUAAACAAGCAAGUUUUAUAACAGGCCGAUCUUGAAUAUAGACAAACACUAAUGCCGUAUUACGUUCCCGCACAUGUCACGUGACCUGAAACAGGGACAAAUACAUACAUCCAUUCGCGACGCACUUGAUCCGAAUGAUUGAAGAUCACCGGUUGCAACUUUACAAAUAAUUUAUUUUACACAGCUUACAUUAAACAGGCACAAUGACAGAUCGAAGGUAACGACAGUAUCGAUACAAACAUACUUUCAGCCGGUUACUUCGCGUCGGUUUCACUUCCUCUCUAAACGGAACAAAAAUGGUACACGAACGUCACAACGAGGCAUUGACUCUACGUAAACAAACCGCUCGCACGCGACUCGGUUGAGACUCUCGACCGCGGAUCGACGCGGCGGAUGUCGAUCGUCUCGCGACAAAAAGUAAGGAGAAGUAAAGGUGGAUCUCGUCUCUUAGCAAUGUGCACACACUGUGGGAUUACGGAAGAAGAAAAUAGAGUCCACCGUUACCGGAAAUGAAGCCUCUUAUCCAUAGACAUCUAUAAUUAUUCUAGAUUGCGCAGUGUCAUGUCUCGCACGGUCAGACCAUGUGCGCUCUGCACAUUCUAUGGCAAUUAAUGGUACUAAUCCGCGGCGACGUUAGACCCCUGAAAAAUGUAGAGUACCUUUCAGAUAUAUGUGACAUUGACGAAAUGUAAAAAAACAAAAUAAUGAUGGAGAAAUUAUUUAUUUACGUAAUAAUUUUGGUAACUACAUAAUUUCUCCAUUGUUAUUGUUUUUUACAUUUCAUCAAUAUGACUUAUAUCUGAAGAAUCAUAUUCAUUCUUCAAGUGUAUGACGUCCACACGGAUUAGUACCAUUAAUCGUUGCAUGGUGUGCAGGGCACAUAGGGUCUAAAUAGAGGUGGGCAUGUCACCGCACGCUCUAUAAAAUUUACACAAGUCUAUGGUUUGAUGACUUCAUUUCCGGCAACGGUGAUGAAGACGGAGAAGGAGAGGCGAACGGAUGGACAUCUAUGAGGGUAGCGUGGAAGAUUGACGAGGAGGAUGUCCGUGGAAAAGAUCGACGGGAGGCGCGCUACGUCGAAUGGCCGUCGUAUGAUCGCUUGCUACGGAUCGUUGUUGUAAACAAAAUAGAAAAUAAGAGGAAAAAAA